CCUCCGCCCCUCCGCCAAGCCGGUCCGGCCGCCGCGAGCAUGCACCCGACGAGCUAGGAGGAAGCCGGAGCCCCGCGGGAAGGACCGAGCGCCGCCCGCCCGCCCGCCCGGCCGCCCGGGCCCCUCCCCUGCGGGGCGCCCCCAGCCCCACACCCCCCCACCUUCCUGGGGGCGGGGGGGUGCGGGCCGCCGAGCAGCCGGGACAGCCCCGCUCCCCGCCCCCGGCCCCCUCCCCGGCACGGCCCGGCCGGCCAUGGAUGUGACCAGCAGCUCGGGCGGCGGCGGCGAGCCUCGGCAGAUCGAGGAGACCAAGCCGCUGCUGGGGGGCGACGCGCCGGCCCCCGAGGGCACGAAGAUGGGCGCCGUGCCCUGCCGCCGGGCCCUCCUGCUGUGCAACGGGAUGAGGUACAAACUGCUGCAGGAGGGCGACAUCCAGGUCUGUGUCAUCCGGCACCCGCGGACCUUUCUCAGCAAGAUCCUCACCUCGAAAUUCCUGAGGCGCUGGGAGCCGCACCACCUAACGCUGGCCGACAGCAGCCUGGCGUCCGCCACGCCAACUGGGUACAUGGAAAACUCGGUCUCCUACAGCGCCAUUGAAGACGUUCAGCUGCUGUCCUGGGAGAACGCCCCGAAGUACUGUUUACAGCUCACAAUUCCUGGGGGAACCGUCCUGCUGCAGGCUGCCAACAGCUACCUGCGAGACCAGUGGUUCCAUUCUCUGCAGUGGAAGAAAAAGAUUUACAAAUACAAGAAAGUCCUGAGUAACCCCAGCCGUUGGGAAGUGGUCUUGAAGGAGAUCCGAACUCUGGUGGACAUGGCCCUGACGUCCCCCCUGCAGGAUGACUCCAUCAACCAAGCCCCGCUGGAAAUCGUCUCGAAACUGCUCUCGGAGAACACAAACUUGACUACCCAGGAGCAUGAAAACAUCAUCGUGGCAAUCGCUCCUUUGCUGGAAAACAACCAUCCACCACCAGAUCUCUGUGAAUUCUUUUGCAAGCACUGCAGAGAGCGGCCCCGGUCCAUGGUGGUCAUCGAAGUGUUCACCCCCGUGGUCCAGAGAAUCCUCAAGCAUAACAUGGACUUUGGGAAGUGCCCGCGACUGAGGCUGUUUACUCAGGAGUACAUCCUUGCCUUGAACGAGCUCAACGCGGGGAUGGAGGUGGUGAAGAAGUUCAUUCAGAGCAUGCAUGGCCCCACGGGGCACUGCCCCCACCCCCGCGUCCUGCCCAACCUGGUGGCCGUGUGCCUGGCAGCCAUCUACUCCUGCUAUGAAGAGUUCAUCAACAGCCGCGACAAUUCCCCCAGCCUGAAGGAGAUCCGGAACGGCUGCCAGCAGCCCUGCGACCGGAAGCCCACCUUACCUCUGCGCCUUCUGCACCCCAGCCCGGACCUGGUGUCUCAGGAAGCCACGCUGUCCGAGGCGCGGCUCAAGUCGGUGGUCGUGGCCUCUAGCGAGAUCCACGUGGAGGUGGAGCCCGCCAGCACUGCCAAGCCGGCGCUGACGGCCAGCGCGGGCAACGACAGCGAGCCCAACCUCAUCGACUGCCUCAUGGUCAGCCCCGCCUGCAGCACCAUGAGCAUCGAGCUGGGCCCCCAGGCCGACCGCACGCUCGGCUGCUACGUGGAGAUCCUCAAGCUGCUGUCAGACUACGAUGACUGGAGACCGUCUCUGGCCAGCUUGCUUCAACCCAUUCCAUUCCCCAAAGAAGCUCUGGCACACGAGAAGUUCACCAAGGAACUGAAGUACGUGAUCCAGAGGUUCGCCGAAGACCCACGACAAGAGGUCCACUCAUGCCUGCUGAGUGUGCGAGCUGGCAAGGACGGCUGGUUUCAGCUCUACAGCCCCGGAGGGGUGGCCUGCGACGAUGACGGGGAGCUGUUUGCCAGCAUGGUGCACAUCCUCAUGGGCUCCUGUUACAAGACCAAAAAAUUCCUGCUCUCCCUGGCGGAAAACAAGCUGGGACCCUGCAUGCUCCUGGCGCUGAGGGGGAACCAGACCAUGGUGGAGAUCCUGUGCCUGAUGCUGGAGUACAACAUCAUCGACAACAACGACACGCAGCUGCAGAUCAUCUCGACCCUGGAGAGCACGGGCGUGGGCAAGCGCAUGUACGAGCAGCUGUGCGACCGGCAGCGGGAGCUGAAGGAGCUGCAAAGGAAAGGCGGACCCACCCGGCUAACACUGCCCUCCAAGUCCACAGACGCCGACUUGGCUCGUUUGCUGAGCUCUGGCUCCUUCGGAAACCUGGAGAACCUCAGUCUGGCCUUCACCAACGUAACCAGUGCCUGCGCUGAGCACCUCAUCAAACUGCCUUCCCUCAAGCAGCUAAACCUGUGGUCCACUCAGUUUGGAGACGCCGGCCUGCGGCUCCUGUCGGAACACCUCACGAUGCUCCAGGUGCUGAACCUGUGCGAGACGCCCGUCACCGACGCCGGCCUGCUGGCCCUCAGCUCCAUGAAGAGUCUCUGCAGCUUAAAUAUGAACAGCACCAAGCUCUCAGCGGACACCUACGAAGACCUGAAGGCCAAGCUUCCCAACCUGAAGGAGGUGGACGUCCGCUACACGGAAGCCUGGUGAAGCUUCUGCUCGUCAGGAAGGAGUUUGCAACCGCAACACACAACUCUUGACUAAUAGCUGUAGAGCAGCGGGUCUCGGGGCCCCACCCGCGUCCUGGCUGUGAGAUAGAUGGGGGAGUCUUUCUGGGGGCAGAGGGCGAGGGGGG